GUCUGAACCAUUAAGUGCUGAACCAGUAAGAGGUCUGAACCAUUAAGAGCUAGUAUAUUGUUUAACUAUUCAGAGGCAAAUGUCUGAUCAAUUCAGAUAAGAGCUCUUAACCAUUCAGACUCUGUAUAAUACUUAACCAUUCAGAGGCAAAUCUCUUAAUCAUUCAGACAUCUGAACCAUUAAGAGGCUGAAACAAACAGUCUGAACCAUUAAGUGCUGAAUCAUUCAGACAUCUGAACCAUUAAGAGGCUGAAACAAACAGCCCCUGAGUCAAAAUCUUCAACAACCAUUCAAUAUAUGUCGUUCAGGUUUUUGGAGAAAUUGCAGCAAGACAUCCCGGGAAAAGGGGUGAGGGAGCAGCUGGAGGCACUUUGCGGCAUCUACUCUCUAUUUCUCCUACAUAAACACCAAGGAGACUUCCUUUCCACCAACUACAUUACCCCACAGCAAGCCUCACUUGCUAAUGAUCAGCUAAGAUCUUUGUACACCCAGGUACGCCCUAAUGCUAUUGCACUGGUGGAUGCGUUCAACUACACCGACCACUUCCUUGGGUCGGUUCUCGGACGGUAUGAUGGAAAUGUGUACCCGAAGCUGUACGAGGAAGCGUGGAAAGACCCAUUAAACGACUCGGUUCUGCCCGACGGGUAUCACGAAUACAUUAGACCACUCCUAAACCAACAAUUGCUGUCUGCUAGAUUGUGACUCAAAACACGGCAAAGCUCAUUACUUGUUGCGUGAAAGGAAGCUAUACCUCCAUAUACUAUUAUCAUCGUAUCACGGAUUCACGGGCUUGGAAUAAACUUAGGGCUUGUUUGUUGAGGGCAUUAUUUGGAUGAAUUGUAGUGAUUCUUCUGAUAUACACUCUGUGUUUAGUGGCAUCCAUUUCAGCCAAAUUUAACUUAUACAUUGGUAAGUCAAAAUUGGCUACCAAACAAUGCCCUAUUCUUUGUACUAAAAAAAGCAUAUUUAGGGUCCGUUUGGUAUACGGAAUUGAUGGAAUUGGAAUUGAAUUGGAAUUGAAAUUCCAUGAGAUUCAAUUCCAUAUAAUUGAAUUCUGCCAAUUCCAAUUCAUUUUUUGCACUAUCAAUUCCAAAUCCACAUAAUUUUUGUGCUACCAAACACGAGAAUUGGAAUUGAAGCCCUCAAUUCCAAUUCCAUAGUUUGAAUUCCGUGUACCAAACGGGGCCUUAACAAACUUCUUUAUUUGCAUUUGUUAUUUUAUUUUAUACUCCGUAAUUGUUAAAUCAAUUAAGAUUAUUAAC